AUGGUAAGCAAUCGGCGUCGCCCAUGGACACCUGGAACACCAGAGGCGUUACAAGUGCGUUACCGGCCUUUUGGGAAUUGGGAAUUUGAGGAUUGUGGAGGAUUCGGGUAUUGGGGAGAUUUGGGAGGGGUCUAGCUUUACCUAGCUUCACUGACGGACUGACUGACGGAGAAAUACAACACAACGCAAGUGUAGUCUCACGUCGGCUUUCUGAGAGGCCUUGGUAUCACCCUGGUCGAGCCGGCCCAUUUGUGCCAAAGCAUGACUUUCCCACACUUAUAUAUUGGUCGAUGUUGACCACUAUCUCGCCUAGUGGUAA